AUGGAGAAGGACUUGAACGCGCUUGAGUCUGAGCUCGCUCGAUCUGCCAGAAAGCAGGACCUCAUGAAGAUCAAGAAGAAGUGGAACUUAAAGACGGUUGUUUUUGGAUCCGACGUUACCCUGGAUUCGGCUCGGCAGGCACUGGCGAGGGAUUUGCGCUUGGAGCUGCGAGAACUGCAACAACUCGGAGCUUCGAAGGACGGUAUCCUUCAGACUCCACACGGUGGAAUCAUGGCGGCAGUGGCCACCAGUCAGUCAGAAAGGCGGCACAGCGAAGGAGCUGAAGACACAGGACGCUACACCAAGCUGGCCGUGAGCGCCGCACUGUGCUUGUGCGGGCUUGCCGCGCUGAAGCUGCGAGAGGUGCAAGCCGCUGCGAGCCCUUCGAGGGAAACCUCGCAAGAGCCAGCUGCGGAAGAUCUCGAAUCUGCGCUUGGAGGGACUAAACCUGGCGAAGCCUCUUCGCCCAAAGCGAGUGCAGGCAGAGGCGAAGAGCCGCAAACUACGCCAGAGGCCAAAGAGUCAAUUCGGCAUCAAGAACGGGAAGCAGGUGCCAGCUACUACCUUUCGCGAAUUUCGGAGGAGAGAGCGCAGGUGCUCAAACUUGGCACUGGUCUCGUACUCGUGCUGGGAUUGGUUUACUACUUUUGGCCAAAUGUGCCUCCACAGAGCCCCGAUGGCCCGGAAGGUCAAACCUUUACACAGGAGACCGAGGCAGCCGUCCUUGCUCUGUGUGAGUUUGAGGAGGUUGGAGGUGCACGGAAGACUGGGAAGAGUCGAUACAGAGUUUCACCGCACUCUCCCCCCCCUCCAAGGCCGGGCUGCUCCGGAAGCCUCCUCUGCAGACUGUAG